ACUGGAGCUGAUCCUCUGAACUCCGGAUGUGAAGCUGAGCAGGCCUUGCCCAUCUCUAGUGGACCACGGGGGUGAAGUCAUAUCCUAGUGCUGUUGGGGGCAGUUGGUUCAGUCCGCUGCACCAGCAUAAUGCCCGUGACGCUGGGCUACUGGGACAUCCGCGGGCUGGCCCAUGCCAUCCGCCUGCUCCUGGAAUACACAGACACCAGCUAUGAGGAGAAGAGAUACAGCAUGGGGGAUGCUCCCGACUACGACAGAAGCCAGUGGCUGAAUGAGAAGUUCAAGCUGGGCCUGGACUUUCCCAAUCUGCCCUACCUCAUUGAUGGGACUCACAAGCUCACCCAGAGCAACGCCAUCCUGCGCUACAUCGCCCGCAAGCACAACCUGUGUGGGGAGACAGAAGAAGAGAAGAUUCGUGUGGACAUUCUGGAGAACCAGACUGUGGACAUCUCUGAUCAGCUAGCCACGCUCUGCUACAGCCCAAACUUUGAGAAACUGAGGCCUGAGUACCUGGAACAACUCCCUGGGAAGAUGAAGCUCUUCUCUGACUUCCUAGGGAAACAGCAGUGGUUCGUUGGUGACAAGAUCACCUACGUGGAUUUCCUCGCUUAUGAUAUACUUGACCUGCACCGCAUAUUUGAUCCCAAGUGCCUGGAGGCGUUCCCUAACCUGAAGGACUUCAUUGCUCGCUUUGAGGGCUUGAAGAAGAUCUCUGCCUACAUGAAGUCCAACCGCUUCCUCCCAACACCUCUGUAUACAAAGGUGGCCACCUGGGGCAACAAGUAGGGCUCUGGACGGGCAGAAGGAGGUAGCCAAGAGCUCAUUCUCUUCUUGCUGCCCACGGCCCAGCCUGACUAGCCUGACUAGCCUGCCUGUUGGUGGCUGGGUCUGCUGUGAGGAACUGGGUUGGAACCCUCUCCUUGCAGCCUGGCACACCCUGGGGCCGACCCCAGGGUGCCUGGAAGACCAGUUUUGCCUGGUGGGCCCCCCUGUACCUUAGUGAGACCUCUGCCCCUGUCCCAUGUGAUCCACACUUGCUCUAUUUUUGUCUCUGCGUCAGGCUGUCUGCACUGGACAGCUGGUGCUGCUCCUUCCAAGGGUGACCCUGGCUGUGGCUGGCUUCCCGAGGGAAGGGUUUUGAGAGUUCCUGCCACAUUGUUGACCCCUUUAGGUUACGGAGCCCUGUGAGAGAUUCUGUAGACAAUAAAAGAUCUCUUUCUGUACCUG